AGAAGGGUUUAAAGGCGGCUACACCUUGAAUCCCAUUCUCCAUUUCAUGUCUGUACCUUGGGAUUUCUUGAUCCCCCAUUAACACUCUCACUGCGUUUCUCUCUUCUGUAUUUUUUUCGGUUGAACAUUUCUUUGCCUAUCUGAAUUUCCUUUCUGUAUCUGUAGUUUCUUAGAAUAUCCUGGGGAGGAAAUUCUCCUUGUCCUUACCUUCAACUUACCUGAUCAGCCCGAAUUUGGCUUCUAUGUUCUGCUUUAUCAGUUAACCAAACGCCAUUAGCUGAAAAUGUGGAGGAACUUUGCAAAGCAAGCUUCUUCGAGGAAGAUUAGAAUUUCCUCAGAGUCAUGCUCUUGCUUAUCUGCUGCUUCUACCUCGAGCAAAAUAUCUCAAAGAUGCAAACUUCUCGAGGAAAUCAAACCUUCCGAAACCCAGACCUGGGCAAAUUCUUCGUUUUCUGCCGCGGGUUUCCGCCGAAUGAGCUUAUUAUCCCCGCAGAGUAGCAAACUGGGGAUAUUAAAUUUUGUCCAGUGUAAUAGCGCUUUUGGUAUAUCUGGGUCAAUCAACAAAGUCAAUGGCUACGCGAGUGUUGCAGAGGCAAUAGUUUCAACGGACCCUGAAGAGGACUUCACGGGAUCCGAAGAAGUCCAAGAAGAAAUUAGCAAAGAAGAGAAGAAUAAGAUGGAAUCUUACUUGAAGCAGCCGAAAAAAAUGGUGGCCGGUAUGGGGAUAGCAAAAUAUAAUGUUCUAAAGAAGAGGCAGAUAAAGAUGGAGACUGAGGCAUGGGAAGAGGCAGCAAAGGAGUAUCAGGAGCUCCUAGAGGACAUGUGUGAGCAAAAGCUUGCACCCAAUUUGCCUUAUAUGAAAUCCUUGUUCCUUGGUUGGUUUGAGCCUCUGCGUGAUGCCAUUGCCGCAGAGCAAGAAUCAAUCAAGGAUAAGAAGGUUAAGCCGCCCCAUGCACCGUAUUUCGAGCAAUUACCUUCAGAUAUGAUGGCGGUUAUUACCAUGCAUAAGUUGAUGGGGCUGUUGAUGACGAACACUGGAGGAAUCGGCAGUGUUAGGGUCGUCCAAGCAGCUUGCCAGAUAGGUGAAGCCAUCGAGCAUGAGGCCAGAAUUCAUAAGUUUUUGGACAAGACAAAGAAGAAGAUGGCAACACAGAAAAAACUUGAAGGUGAAUCUGAACCGGUAAACAGUGAUCAAGGCAAGAUGAUUAAAGAGCAGGAAAGGCUGAGGAAGAAGGUUACUCAACUGAUGAAAAAGCAAAAGGUGCAACAAGUAAGAGAAAUAGUGAAGGGACAUGAUGAUUCAAAGCCAUGGGGUCAAGAAGUCCAUGUCAAGGUCGGCUGCUAUUUAAUUAAGCUGUUGACUGAAACAGCCUAUAUUCAACCUCCUGUUGAUCAGUUAGGUGGUGAUCCGCCUGAUAUUAGGCCUGCCUUUGUACACACUCUUAAAACUGUCACGAAAGAAGCUCAGAAAGGCAGCAGGAGAUAUGGUGUCAUUGAAUGUGACCCUCUUGUUCUGAAAGGGCUUGAAAAAACGGCUCGACACAUGGUCAUUCCUUACAUGCCAAUGCUAGUGCCUCCUCUAAGCUGGACAGG